AUGAGACCUCAAACAAUACUGUUAUUCGCCCUUGUGGCUUUACUCUGCCUGGUACAGCACUCUGCAUUUGCAGCAGACGACGCCAGCAAUGCCGCAAGUAAUGAGGACAGUGAUGCUUCGAGCAGCAACAAUGAAGCUAAUACGAGCGAUGAUAAUGAUAGCGAAAGCGAUGAUGAUAAAACGGGUAAUGAUGCAAAUACCAAUGAUAACACAAGUGAUGACGCAGUUGACAAUGAUGACACAAGCAACAAUGACAGUAGUGAUAGUGAUGGUGAUCUUGACGAUUCACAAACAGAAGACGCGUCUACGAAUGAUAAUGAUAACACUCCUUCAAAUGGUAGUGCCAGCAAUCCAUCAGGGAAAAGAAGCCCGUCUAGUCAACGCAAAGCUCAAAGAAAACGCCAAGCAGCAAAGAGACAACAACGCCAAAAUCGAAAAAAGCGCCAAAAUAAAAAACGUCGCCAAAACAAAAGACGUCAGAAUCAAAAACGACGUCAACAAAAUAAUAGGCGCCGACGAAAUAACAGGCGCCCAGCCCGUGGUUAGCUUGUUCACUACACAGCUGCUACCUGUACAGAUGCAUUUUCUUUUUUAAAUCUCCUUACUUCAUCUAGUUGAUUUCGAAUUCUGCUAUA